UAAUUCUUCAGUUCUUUCACCUUCUAAUAGGCAUGAAACUUCUGAUAAAUGUAAAACUUCUGAUAGGUGUAAAACUUUUGAUAGAUGUAAAAUUUCUGAUAGGCGUAAUUUAUUGUUAGCUAUUACUUCUUAA